AUGAAUAUCGUACAAAAAUUAUCUGUUAAUUUUAUUUUGUUAAAUAAUCAAUUAUCUUUAUUUGAUUUAUUAAUGUAUUAUUUACUUGGUAUAUUCGGUCAUACAUAUUUUUGGUCAAUAAUUAAUAAAAAAUUUCAAUUAAUAAAACAAUGUAAUGAAUUAAAAUCAAUUAAACAAAUAAAUAAAUAUAUUGAAAAUUUUAAAUAA